CACCCGGUGACGUCCCCUGUGGCUGUCUUCUGCCUAUCAGGCACACCGCCGAUGACCCCCGACACCUCCUCUUCCUGCCCCAAGCACCCUUCCUCUCUGCCAGGAACCUGGAUUACCUCCCCAGGUGGCCGGUUCGGUAGCCAGGUGGGGCAGUAUGCCACUCUGCUGACCCUGGUGUAGCUCGGUGGCCGCUAGGCCUUCAUCCUGCCAUCUAUCCUGCUGCCCCCGCCCUGCGUUCUGCAUCCCCUGCCCACGCUGGUGCCCGGGGCGGACAGCCACACGCCUGGGCGGGAGCUGCACCCGUAUACCUGCUCGAAUGCCCCUUUGCCGAAGCUCGCCAGCCUCCCCUGCUCCUACUUCCACCAUCUCCGGAAAGGGAUCUGGAGCGGGUUCGCCCUGCAUGACCACCUUCGGGACAAGGCCCAAGGUUUCAUGAGACAGCUGCGCCUGCUCCACUCUGAGGACCCUGUCACGUCCGCAGGUGUCCACGGGUGCCGUGGGGACUACCUGGGGGCUAUGCCCCAAUGCUGGAAGGGCAUGCUGGGCGAUCGCGCCCAUCCCCAGCAGGCCGUGGGCUGGUUCCAGGCAAGGCACGAAGCCCUCAUGUUUGUGGUCACCUGCAUGGCGUGGUGUUGGGAUAACGGUGACACCUCCCAGGGGGAUGUGGUCUUCGCUGGCGAGGGGCAGGAGAAUCCCUGGGGAGGGACUGACUUUGUGCUGCUCACACAAGUCAACCACGCCAUCGUGACCUUUGGCACUUCCGGCUCCUGGGCUGUCUACCUGGCUGGUGGAGACACCGUCCACCUGGCCGACUUCACCCUGCCUGACUCCAGCUUUCACAAGAUCUUUAAGCCCGAGGCCGCCUUCCUGCCGGAGUGGGUGGGCAUUAACACAGACUUGUCUCCACUCUGGAAGUGGCCGCCGAGCUUUUCUGAAAUAGCCUGA